GUAGUUGAUGUGUAAUCAUCCAAGUGAAGAGUUGCACUCUACAUUUUCUUAUUAGUUGAUUAUUUCGAAGUGUUACCAAUUUUUUUUUUUUUUUUAUUUAAAUCACAAAAAUUUAAUUUAUAAUAUUCAAAAAAAAAAAAAUGUAAUAAAACAUGUGAAGAUAAUUUUAUUUGCAUAAACAUUAACAAUAUAGUCGCUUUAAGGAAACAUGGAUGUUAAUUUUAAAUUUCAAAGAAUUUUUAAAGAAAAUCUUCCAUAAGUUAAAAUUGUUUUUAUUUACUAAAGAAAUACUUAAUUUUUAUUAAUAAUUUGUUUUUUAAACAAUAAACAUAUAUUUCUUUUCAAUAAAAAAAUAAAAAACAGUGCAAAUUAAAAAGUCAUACUCUGUAUAUGAAUUCUGGUUAUGGGUGAUCACGAAAUUGAAAACUCAGUUAGUCAAAAUGGAUAUGCAAAUGAAGCUUUUAAUUAUGGUGAAACACUUUCAAAUAGACAAUGUAAUGAAAAAUUGGAUACUAAUGAAUCGAGAAUUAAAUCACGUGGAAAAAUUACACCCUCGUCCAAAACUUUGACAUCAAAUGAAAUUGAAAAGGAACAAUGGGGUGGAGGUUUUGAAUUUUUAAUGGCAUGUAUAGCAACGUCAGUUGGAUUAGGAAAUAUUUGGAGAUUUCCAUUUACUGCAUUGGAAAAUGGAGGUGGUGCUUUUUUAAUUCCUUACGUUAUUAUUCUUCUAUUUGUUGGAAAACCAUUUUAUUAUUUGGAAGCUAUAUUAGGACAAUUUACUAGUCGAUCGUGUGGAAAAACAUGGGCAAUGGUACCUGCUAUGAGAGGUUUAGGUUAUGGACAAGUAUUGACUGCAUUUUGUGUUGUGACUUACUAUUGUAGUUUGAUGGCAUUAACAAUUUAUUAUUUAGUAUCAAGUUUUGAUUCUGUUCUUCCUUGGUCAUAUUGUCGUGAAAAUUGGAAUAAUUGUCUUGAUGCUUCAUCGAAUAUUUCAAAUGGAGCAAUUAUUUCUGAUAAUGUGUCUGUUAGCAGCUCUGCAGAAUUAUAUUUUCGAAAAAUAGUAUUGAAUGAAUUAGAUUCCAUUGAGGAUGGUAUUGGUGUACCAUCAUGGUCAUUGAGCCUUUGUCUGCUAUUCAGUUGGGUGUGUUUAUUUGCAAUCAUGUGUCGUGGAGUUAAAAGUUCGGGAAAGGUAGUUUAUUUUCUAGCGAUAUUCCCUUAUAUUGUGAUGAUUAUUCUUUUAAUUAGAGCAGUGACAUUAGAGGGAGCAGUGAAUGGGAUUUUAUUUUUUUUUGAACCCAAAUGGGAUGCUCUUCUUAAACCUAAUGUUUGGUAUGCUGCAAUAACACAAUGUUUUUUCUCUCUGUCCGUGUGCUUUGGACCUAUUAUCACUUAUUCUUCACAUAACAACUUCAAUCAUCGUCUGAGCAGGGACGUAAUUAUUGUAACGACACUGGAUACAUUUACAAGUUUGAUGGCAGGAAUGACAAUAUUUGGAAUUUUGGGUAAUUUAGCACAUGAAAUGGGUACAGAUGACAUCUCAAAAGUUGUUCGAGGAGGCACUGGAUUGGCAUUUAUAUCAUAUCCAGAUGCAUUAUCUCGAUUUUCAUUUGUACCACAAUUUUUUUCGGCUCUCUUUUUCUUUAUGAUGUUUGUCUUGGGAGCUGGUAGUGCAAUGGCUCUCUAUAAUGUUGUUGUUGCCGUUUUAUGUGAUCAUUUUCCAAAUGUAAAAAGAUGGAAAAUUGCUCUUGCCAUGGCUAUUGUUGGCUUUCUUUUUGGCUUGAUUUACGUUACACCUGGUGGACAAUGGUUUGUGACAUUAAUAGAUUAUUUCGGUGGUAAUUGUGUGGCUAUUAUUGUUGGUGUUGCAGAAGUUAUAACUAUUUUUUGGAUUUAUGGACUUGUGAAUUUUUUAAAUGAUACGGAAUUUAUGUUGGGUAUUAGGCCUGGAUUUUAUUGGAAAAUUUGUUGGUUUAUAAUUACUCCCACGUUAAUGAUCAUUAUUCUUUUUUAUACAUUUGUUACAUACGUGCCACCAACUUAUAAUGAAAUAAAUUUUCCCGAUUAUGCUUACGGAAUUGGUUGGUUUAUUUUUGCCAUAGGAAUUUUUCAAAUAAUAGGAUUUAUUGUCAGUGAAGUUAUGAGACAGAAAAAAUUAUCAUUUUUUGAAGCUAUAAAAGCUGCCUUCAGCCCAUCGGAGAAAAAUUGGGGACCUUUUAAUAGUGAAACUCGAAUUAAAUGGAAGGAAUUUAUUUUAGAAAAAAAAGUCAAGCACAAGAGUGGCUUUAAGGAAUUAUUUAAAAGUUCUACAUAUACAAAUAAGGCUUUCAGUCAGGAAAAUGUUCAAAAUGAAUUAUCGAAUUCUGAUAAAAAUUUACAAGAUACAGUAGUUAAUAAUUCUAUUAAUUUGGAAAUAAAAAAAAGAAAUUCAAUUUCUUCAGUAACAUCGGUGAAUAAAGAAGAAUGGGGUGGAAGACUCGAAUUUCUUAUGGCGUGUAUAUCAAAUUCCGUAGGACUUGGAAAUAUUUGGCGAUUUCCUUUUACUGCUCUUGAAAAUGGAGGUGGAGCUUUUCUUAUUCCAUAUAUUAUUAUUCUUUUUUUAGUAGGAAAACCUUUUUAUUAUCUCGAGGGUAUUUUAGGGCAAUUUACAAGUCAAUCUUGUACAAAAACUUGGAAUAUGUCCCCAGCUAUGAAAGGUUUGGGAUACGGACAAGUAUUUAUUGCAUUUUGCAUAGUCUCAUACUAUUGCAGUUUAAUGGCAUUAACAGUUUAUUAUUUAAUAGCAAGUUUUCAAAGUGUUCUUCCCUGGUCAUACUGUCGAGAUGAAUGGAAAGGACUUUGUAUAGAUGCUUCUUCAAAUAUUACCAAUUUUGGAAAUAAAACUUUUAGCAGUUCUGCCGAAUUAUAUUUUCGGAAAAUUGUAUUAAAUGAAAUUAAUUCGAUUGAUGAAGGUCUAGGCAUUCCAUCUUGGACAUUGUUGCUUUGUUUGUUUUUUAGUUGGUCUUGUAUAUUUGGAAUAAUGUCUCGAGGAGUAAAAACUUCAGGAAAAGCAGUUUAUUUCCUUGCAAUGUUUCCCUAUGUUGUGAUGUUAAUUUUAUUAAUUAGAGCUGUUACAUUGAGAGGAGCUAUCGAUGGAAUUAAAUAUUUUGUGAAUCCAAAAUGGGAGGAACUUUUAAAACCCAAAGUAUGGUAUGCGGCAAUUACUCAAUGCUUCUUCUCUUUGGGAGUUUGUCUCAGUCCAAUUAUAUCUUAUUCUUCGCAUAACAAUUUUAAUCAUCCUAUAAGUAGGGAUAUUAUGGUUAUUACGACACUGGAUACCUUCACCAGUUUGCUGGCAGGCUGUACAAUUUUUGGAAUUUUGGGCAAUUUAGCACAUGAGAUGGGUACAGAUGACAUUUCAAAAGUUGUUCAAGGAGGUUCUGCACUUGCAUUUAUUUCAUAUCCUGAUGCAUUAUCUCGAUUUUCGGUUGUUCCGCAAUUUUUCUCUGCUCUUUUUUUUAUUAUGAUGUUCACACUUGGUACUGGUAGUGCAAUUGCUUUACACACAUCAAUUACUGAUGUUGCUGUUCAUUUUUGUUCCAAGCAAAAAAGAUGGUUCAUUAUUUUGAUAACAUGUGUCAUUGGAUUUUUAUCUGGCAUAAUUUACACCACUCCAGGCGGUCAAUGGUUUGUGACAUUAGUGGAUUAUUAUGGAGGAACAUGUAUUGCAAUUAUUAUUGGAUUUAUUGAAAUUAUUACAAUUUUUUGGAUUUAUGGUCUUUAUAAUUUUUUGAAUGAUGCAGAAUUUAUGUUGGGCUUGAGGCCAGGAUUUUAUUGGAGAAUUUGUUGGUGUAUUUUAACUCCUUUUCUUAUGAUUGUCAUUUUAUUUUACACAUUUAUGACUUAUGAACCGGUCAAGUACAAUGGAUUAAGUUUUCCAUCUUAUGCAUAUGCCAUUGGCUGGUGUAUUUUUACCGUAGGAGUUAUUCUAAUAGUUUAUUUUAUUAUUCGAGAGAUUUGGAAGUAUAAAAACGUUUCACUAUUUGAAGCUAUUAAAAUUGCAUUCAUGCCGAAAAAUUGGGGACCUUUAAACAGUAAAAAUAGAGGUAAUUGGGAAGAGUUCACAGCACAGCGGAAAAUUAAUCGUAAAGGGGGUUUAUUAGAAUUAUUUUUUAGGUAAUACUAAUUUUUAGUUUUAAAAUACAAGUAUUAUUAUUAUUAUUAUUAUUAUUAUUAUUAUUAUUAUUAUUAUUAUUAUUAUUAUUAUUAUUAUUAUUAUUAUUAUUAUUAUUAUUAUUAUAAGGAGCAAU